AUGUCUAACAGUAGAGGAGAAUCUCCUCCCAUACUUAACAUGACUCGAAUCAAUCUUGAUUUUCAUCCAACAGAACUUGUUAAACAAAUUACAAAAAGAAUCCCACGUUCGUUACCGUAUUAUAAUAAUGGGGACCUGGAAACAGAUGCAGAUGAUCCCAUUGUCACAGAGUUAAUGAAGCUACGUCCUCAUAGUUCGAGAUUUAUAAUAUCAAAUAUAUUGUAUAAUGAAGAAAUUGUCCAAUAUUCCGCAAAAUUACAAGAAUUGCUAUAUUUAUUAUUGGAGGAAAAGGAGUUGGAUGAUAAUAUUCGCAUUAAUGUUGAAAAUUCAUUAUCUGAGUUGACUACAUCAUUACCUGCGUUGAAUCAAGAUGAUUACAGGCUCAACAACAACAACAACAACAACGUCUCCGAGCCACCAACCAAGAAAUCCAAAUUACAACAAAACUUGCCUACACCAGUUCCUUCACAACUGACAUUUCCCAACAACUAUUUAUCAAAGAUAUUAAUAGAUAACUUUGAUUCUUUAUUAAAGUUCUCAACGAGCUACUUUAAUUUAUCCCUUGCAUCCCAUAUCACAAAAUACGUAGUUGAAUUGAUUUAUCUGCUAAAUUAUUGGGAGGUUAUUCAUUUGGUUUAUUUGAAUUCAAACAUUAUCAAUUUUUUGCAGUUGUUAGAUUUUGAAAUAGUCAAUGGUUCUUUUGGUCCCAUUGUAAGGCCACCAGAAAAUUACCUUAGCGAUAUUAUGUUACAGGGGUUGCAAUAUCCAUAUCCUUAUCCCUUCUAUAAUUAUUCAUAUCAUUCAUUCAACAGUCAUGUUGAAGAACAAAAAUUCAGGAAAAUAAGCAUUAUACCAUACGUGGAUAUCACUUUAAAGAAUGUUGAUGAACCGGUGCAGAGAAAGAAAAGGGGCCGCGGUCGUAAAGCCAAGAACCCCUUACCAAAGAAAGAGGAUAAUAAUCCAGCAAUGCAUAAUACUGAAAUCCAACAUCCAGAGGUUGCCAAGCAAGCCACUGGAAAAGAUGAAGAACCAACAGCAGAAGCUAGCAGAACUGUUAGUGAGGUGUCAGAGGACGAGAUGGAGAAGCAACCACAACCAAAGACAUCAGUGAAAAGUUCUAUUCUGUCGGUAACAUCGGUAAUGAACCCCAGUGCAAUUAACACUGAAGCUGUUCCAGUAGCAAUAGACGCGGGGAAAAUGUCAAGGGUAGGUGGUCUGGCGUCAUCAACUGCAACUCCACCAACUGACACGGUAUCAAAUGCCGACAUAAACCCACCAUCAUCUUAUGCAACCCAAUCAGGACAAGCUCUUCCAAAAAUUGGCGAAUUUGCUUCAAGUAAACAAGGAUCACAAUUUUCUGUACCGCGAAACGAUGCGUUUGUCAACAAAACAGCAAAUUUAAGUAUCUCUCCAAUAUCUGGCCAUGAUUAUUCAACAACUAACCCAUAUGCAUCCUAUCCAUAUUCUCAAUCGUCUUAUCAGCACCAGCACCAACGCCAUGACAAAAACAAGAUAUCGCUAUCACAAAAUUCAAAUCCAAACACUAUACCAACGAUACAGCCACCAAAUGAGAUGUUUGUUUCAGGACCACAACCUGAAUUGAAUUAUAGGAAUCCAUCUCAGGAUAGGUCAGAUAACCAAAGUCGUCUUGAUCACCAUUCAAAUCUGAGUGCUUUUCAUGGCGUGAGUCCAAUUGCAAAUUAUCAAUCAAAGACCAGUAAUAUAUUACCUUCAAUAGAUCGUUUGACUAACAAUCCCACAUCUCAAACUGGAUUCAGUGAUAUUGGUCAUUAUCCUAAGAGGCCAUCCUUUGGUAAUUCUCCAACUGUUGGGGCUUUUGCUACAAGACAUAAUUCGACAUCAAAGCAACAUGAUCAUCAUCUUGAUCAGAGCAUACUGCAAUCAAAAGAGUCUACAUCAUCGCAAAAAUAUGAGAAUAAACGAGAAAAUGCAAGUAGGGCUGGUUCACAAUCUAUAGCAAGUGAGUUCCCUCAGCGAAAAAUCUCAGUGGAAGGACGUAUCAGCGAUGUUGAUGGCCCUUCUGGUACACAGAAUCAUUUAUCAGCUGAAGAGAAGGCGAAAAAGUCCAAAUCGGGUGUUAUACAUCAAUGCCAUUUACUCGAUGCAGGAAGUUUAGAGGAAUGUUCGAAGAUAUUUUAUGGUAAGAACGAACUUUUACGUCAUCAAGAAUUUGUUCACGCUACAAAGAAGAAAAUUUACAAAUGUAUAUAUUGUGCCAGAAUGGGGGCUAAAGUACAGAGUUAUCCUCGUCAUGAUUCUUUGGCGAGACAUAUACGAAGAAAACAUGGUAUUACCGGAAAAGAAAACAAAAUGGCAGUCAACUAUGCCAAAGAGAAUGUUGAAAUAAUCGAUCCUGAUCAGUUAAUAACCAAACAGCAUGACUUUCAAGAGCCACUAGUUUCUGAUAGCCAAGGGGUAUUUUUACCGCCAAAGGAAGGGGCAUCACAACAACAAAAGAGUAGUCAAUACCAACAGGAACAACCUCAGUUUGAACAAAAACUACCACUGUUACCACCCCAGCAACAACAAUACUCAGAUCCAAUUAGAUUUGAGAAACCAGCAGGCAUCCCCCAAUUCAUGUCAAAGUUUGGAGAAUCUGGUACCCAAUUGCCUUCUUUACAGCUGUAUUCAUUAGGUGUUUCUCAACGACAACCAAGUACAACCUAUCUGUCGAGAUAUAACACACAGCCAACACAACCCCAAGAAAUACAUAAAUACGAUAAUCCAAUACCAACAGUAUCACCCCCUGUUGGGUCAGUGCCAAUGAGGCGGCCUCUGCCGUUGGAAGGCAAAAACACUGACAACAGUUCCUAUUACAUCCUGGCCAAUCAAUCACAAAGUCCUUCCGACAUGUUGGAGCAACCAAAAAAAGAUUAG